AUGGAGACCGAAGGCUAUCGUGACCUCCUGGAGACCAGCGAUGGUCAGGGGGUAGGCCUACUGGAUGGAGUGGGGGAGGUGGGUGUGGAGGAAGGCUGGAGCACAUCAUACCCUCUCGGUUUUCAGGUGUCUUUAACCACUGUGCUGAUGCUGGAGCUUGUGUUGGGCUUCAGCAGCAAUCUGACAGUACUUGUGCUCUACUGUGCUCAGUCAAACCUGGUAGAUUCAGUCAGCAACCUUGUCACGGUCAACCUCCACGUGCUCGACAUUCUGGUGUGCGUGCUCUGUUUGCCUCUUACAGUUGCUGUGAUCCUCCUACCAGCUAAUGAAAAUGGAGUCAGCAGCCUGGCCACACUUUGUUGCUUUCAUGAAGCCUGUGUCACUUUCACUAGUGUGGCCACAGCAGUCAAUGUGUUAGUGAUCAGUUUGGAUCGUUACGAUAUCUCUGUGCGUCCGGCUAGUCGUCUGCUGACUCCCAGACGGGCUGCACUGCUCCUGGCAGCGGUGUGGGCUGUGUCUCUGGCGGUUUUCUUCUUGCCUUUUCUUGAAGGGGACUUCUUCUCAGCAAAUGAGAAUAGUGAGGACGACGAGCCAGACAGGCAAAGCAAUGAGUCAGAACUCAAUACUGGACACACGCCCAUUUUAUCCUCCAGCUCUCCUUUAUUACCCUCCACUCUGCCUUCAUCUCCUUCACACCACCCACCAGUAUGGCAGAACAGGACUCUGCUGUGUGUUGGAGGGCAGGGGUAUUACACAGGCAUGGCUAUAUAUUACCACUUGUUACUCCAAGUGCCCUGCUUCUUCAUAGCUGUGGUAGCCAUGCUGUUCACCUACUCCAGGAUCUUACAGGCCCUCAACAUCCGCAUUGGCUCCCACAUGAUGAGGAAUACACGAUCAAAGGACAAGACCUGCAGGAUACGUUGCAGGAGGCGAAUGAGGAAGGACCUUAGCCUGCCGACUGAAACAGUGUCCUCCAAUCAGAACCAGAACCUCAAUCAUCCGCCCCUUAUUCCCUCUGCCACACCAACACCAACAUCACCUCCGCCGUUCUCUUCCAUGCCCCUAGGGUUGUCCGACAGUGGUCCAACAGUAACCACUGUCAGCACUGCUGCUACCACACCCAUUGCUACCACACCAGCCACACCAGCUUCUCCAAUUCCACCUACAGCAUCAGCUCAGACCCACGCCUCCACACCACUGCCUGCCUCAUCCAUGGGUGUGCAGGCCUCCGUGUCUGCUAUCAUUGCUUUGAGACGGGCGGUGCGCAGGCAUAGGGACAGACGGGAGCGUCAACGACGUGUCUUGAAAAUGUCCCUCAUCAUCAUAUCCACCUUCCUGGGCUGCUGGGCCCCUCUGUCUGCAGUCAAUGUUCUCAUCCUUUGUAUGGGUCCCAGUGACAGCCUUGUGGAGCUCCGUUUGUGCUUCCUGGCCAUGGCAUAUGGAACUACUAUCUUUCACCCUCUGCUCUAUGCUUUUACCCGGCAGAAACUAAGGCGUGCCCUCAAAACACGCGUUAAGAAAAGGGUAGUGUCCCUUUUACAGGUGGACCCCGCUCCCAGUGGAGGAACUGUGAUUCAUAACUCUUGGGUGGAGGGGGGAGGCCAGAGAAAGGGUCGCAAGUCAAAAAUGGAGGCCAGCGAUGGCACUGAUCGAUGUCUCACAGAAGCGGUGAGGGAAUGAGUCUGGACUUCAAAGUGCAGUUGCAUGUCUGAGAGUUCUGUGUGACUUUAAAGAAUUGUUGGUACCUUACUAAGCUGAUGCAGAUGAAUUGUGUGAGCAUUUAUGCGUGGGUGUGAGGACAAAUGAGCAGGAGUUUGUUUACAAAGGUCAGGACAAACCCCUGCAGAUGAGGAAACAGGUGAGCCUUGAGCUCUUCCCAGAGAUGCUCUUUGCUCUCCUGACAUGGGCUGCUGUUAGUCCACCUUGGACUGCUUAUAAAUUGCUAUGGCAACAAUAGCCAAGCAUUAUGACAACCUAGCCAUGACUACUCAAAAUACUAUUGUUCACCCUUUGUGCAAAGUAAGGUAUAGAUAAUUGCAAAUACAUGCAGUACAAUAUUACUCCUGUGUGCACUUUGAACUGCAUGUGCAUGUACAUAUGCAGUUACAGACACAGACACACUGAUCUAUUUAGUCACUAUCUGUGAAAGCACACGAAUAUCUACCUGCACUGAUGUUCUCAGUGACAAUGAUUUAAAUAGCAGACUUCUUUCUCUUUCAUUUUUUUCA